AUGCUCGACUUGAUCCAGAAAAUUGAUGCUCCUGUUGAGGACUCCAUUAUUGUCGCUUGGAGUUCCCGUGAAACAGCUGAGCCGGAUGCUCCAGGCGACCUCACGAGCACAGCACCUUCAGAGACAACCCGAGCAGUGGAGGUGACCGAGCAUCGGGGUGAGGACGAGGGCGUGGCAGUGGCCAAGGGAGAACUCCUCAAGAUGAGCCAGCAACGCUUGAAACGCAGUUGGAACGCUCAUCGCCCCGCUGGGACGGACAUACAGCUAAACCCUUUCUCGAGAGGUUCUCCCGACAAUGCCUCGCCCGCUGGCUCGCGGAGGCCUCAAGAUAUGGUGAUUCCCUGGAGUACCACAUCUAGGGCCUCCCAGAGCGAGCUCCUAGGCCAAGCCUUCGACGCUGCCACAGGGCAACCCAUACCGAUGCUGCGACCCCCCCCCCACCCCCUCCUCCGUGCUCGAGCCCAACCCUACAGAGAUGGAGAGCUUGGCAUCGACUCCUCCGAGUCAGUGUUUGAGUUGGAGAUCCAGAUCCCCUAA